AUUAACACACAACGGUUUAGCUAAGCCCAGUCAAACAAACUAAAAGUUCAAAAACCCUAAAUUUUACACUAGAAAAAUCUCUAAAACCCCAAUUUUUUUAGUUCAUCAAUGGCGAACCUUCCGAUCCUCCAAUUCGAGGAGCAAAUCGUAGAAACGGUGGACCGGAACCCGGUGGUGGUGAUUAUCGGAGAGACCGGUUCGGGGAAGAGCACCCAGCUCUCUCAGAUUCUGCACCGCAGAGGCUACACCAAGUCUGGAAUCAUCGGCGUCACUCAGCCUCGCCGAGUCGCUGCAGUCUCAGUCGCCAGACGGGUUGCUCAGGAACUUGGGGUUCAUCUUGGGGAUGAAGUGGGAUAUGCCAUCCGAUUUGAAGACAGAACCUCAGAAAGGACUCAUAUUAAAUAUCUAACUGAUGGAGUCCUCCUUCGAGAAAGUCUGUCCAACCCAGAGCUUAGCCAGUAUUCAGUAAUCAUAUUGGAUGAAGCUCAUGAGAGGAGUCUGAACACGGACAUAUUGCUGGGACUAAUGAAACGCUUGGUUAGAAUGCGUGCCUCCAAUUUAAAGGUUCUUAUCACUUCGGCAACUCUUGAUGGUGAAAAAGUAUCGAAUUUUUUCUCAAAUUGCCCCAUACUAAGUGUCCCAGGGAAGUUAUACCCUGUAGAAAUAUUGUACAGCAAUGAGCGCCCUACCAGCUAUCUUGAAGCAUCUUUGAAAACAGCUCUUGACAUACACAUUCGAGAACCAGAAGGUGAUGUCCUAAUAUUCAUGACUGGACAGGAUGAUAUAGAGAAGUUGGUAUCAAAGUUGGAGGAUAGAGUUCAAAGUCUUGAGGAAGGAUCUUGUUUGGAUGCCAUAAUCCUUCCCCUUCAUGGUUCUUUGCCACCUGAAAUGCAGGUGCGUGUAUUUAGUCCUCCUCCUCCGAAUUGCCGGCGAUUUAUUGUUGCCACAAAUAUUGCUGAAACUUCAUUGACAGUUGAUGGUGUCGUGUAUGUUAUUGAUUCUGGUUAUGUCAAGCAACGGCAAUACAACCCAUCAACCGGCAUGUAUUCCCUUGAUGUUGUUCAAAUUAGCAAAGUGCAAGCUAAUCAGCGGGCAGGUCGAGCUGGAAGAACACGUCCUGGGAAGUGCUAUCGGUUAUACCCUUCCAUACUUUAUAAUGAUGACUUCCUAGAUGUAACAGUUCCUGAAAUACAGAGAUCUUCUCUUGCUGGAAGUGUUCUUUAUUUGAAAUCAUUGGACCUCUCUGAUAUGGAUAUUCUCAAGUUUGAGUUUCUUGAUCCCCCUUCCUCUGAGUCUUUAGAAGACGCUUUGAAGCAAUUAUAUCUCAUUGAUGCGAUUGAUGAAAAUGGGUUGAUCACAAGUAUUGGACGAGUAAUGGCUGAGCUUCCACUAGAACCUUCACUCUCAAGAACCUUAAUGGAGGCAAAUGAGUGUGGUUGCUUAUUCCAGGCUUUGACUGUUGCUGCCAUGUUAUCAGCAGAAACUACAUUGCUUCCUGGUCGAAGCAAGAGUACUGAGAAAAAGAGGAAACACACUCACUCGGACCUUCCUGAUGGAUCUGGCUGGGGUGAUCACAUCCAAUUGCUUCAGAUUUUUGAGGAAUGGGAUAGAACUAACUAUGAUAUUGGUUGGUGCAAAGACCAUAACUUGCAGGUGCGGGGGAUGUUGUUUGUCAAAGAUGUCCGGAAACAGUUAUCUCAGAUAAUGCAGAAAAUAGCAAAGGGAUCACUAGAUGUUCGGGCUAAUGGAAGAUGGAAAGAGGGUGAGCAAGAUUACCGUAAUUUGAGGAAGGCAUUGUGCAUAGGUUUUGCAAAUCAGCUUGCUGAGAGAAUGGUUCAUCACAAUGGCUAUCGAACUCUAGGUUUCAAGCCCCAAGUAGUUCAGGUGCACCCAUCCUCUGUGCUGAAACCAGAUGACGAGGGAAAGCUUCCAGAGUAUGUUGUCUACCAUGAGCUCAUUGCAACCUCACGCCCAUACUUACGUAAUGUAUGUGCUGUAGAAAUUCAUUGGGUCAUGCCCAUUUUAAACAAGGUUAAGAAGAUAAAUGUCAACAAACUGAGUGGUGGGACUGAUCUUACAGUAGAAGGAACUGAGGGAAAACUCUCAGACUUGCCAAAGAAAGAGGUUAACAUUGCUGGGGUUCCUGAUGACCACGAAAGUAGAAUUCAGGCAGCUAGGGAUCGAUUUCUUGCUCGCAAAGCAAAGAAAUGAGCUUUUAUUACCACUUUUUAUGACCAUGAAAUUAGAGUCCAAGCAGUUGGAGAAUGAUAUUCUGUUUUUAAAGCAAAGAAAUGAGCUUAUUUAUCAGUUAUUAUAUUGAUAUAUCAGUGGGCUUGGCAGCCCCAGCGGCUGGGCUAAGGUCAUUUCUUUUAUGGGGAACAAGUUUUCUGUUUAUGAGUGCCAAAAGGAGAGUUGUCCUGGUAAGUACAGCAAACUAUGAUUGUUGACAUUAGUGUGACCCUUAAGAAAAAAGAAAGGUAUUUCAACCUCACCCAUGAUUACGCAUUUGUGAUGAUCAGACCUUGGAGGAUGUGGAUCCAGCACACCUACAGUUCAACCUCACCCAUGAUUACGCAUUUGUGAUGAUCAGACUUUGGAGGAUGUGAAUCCAGAACACCUAUGGUUGAAACUAGUUCUGAGCUGAAAUUUGGUCAUUUUUUACAAGGAGCAUGUUUGUUCUGGUCUUCUUGCUGUGUUGGCUUAUUAUCAAGAUCAACUAUUAAGGUAUGAUAGCAGUUUCUCCUUUUUUCUUGCUGAAGGUAUGUUAGCAGUUGACAGACUUCCACUGUACAUUUACAAAUUCCAUACAAAUGAAACACAAUCUUUCUUUCUUCAAAGAAUAGAAAAAGAACCUCUGCAAUGUACCUACUGUAACACUAUGUACAUUUUGCUGUCAUAGUGUUUCUAUUAUCUUGGCAGCAGGUGUACAGGUUUAGGAAUCCCAAUUUAUGCUUUCUAAGUGGGAAUAUACAACUCUAAGCUGGAUCUCUGCAUUGCUAAAUUGCAUGCCGUUUUCCAUUUUUGUACACAACCUGCUUUCUUGAUCUAUGCAAAGCAGCAUGUCGUUUUUUUA